CUUGAACGUGAUGCUAAGAAAAUGUGAGGAAAAAAAAAAGCAGAAAUAUCCCAAUAGAGACCAAAUAACACUAAGAAUAUAUAUAAUUUAUCUUCAAAUUGUUAUAUUUAAUUGUUAUACUUAAAUAACAAAGUUAUCGGUAAUCGCUAUAAACAGCAUCGUUUAGAAUCGAAUACUUACAUCGGUAGUUUAAGUGCUUUAAAAGAAACAGAAAAAACAGGAUGUUUUGGUCAGUUAUAAAUAGUUCUUUUGGUGCAUUUAGGACUAGGAGCACCAAUUUCCAGAAGAGCAUUAGUCAAAUAUUAUACCGAGAUCGCGUGUGUUUUUUGGUUGAAACAAGAAGCAAGAAGCACGUAAGUAAUUUCUGCCUUUGUCUACACAACACUAGCUACUAUUAAGCACUAAGACUUAGGGGAAAAAAAUGUCAACAAGUCAGACAAGUGACUGUUACGUUACUGUACUUGGCCUACUUAAUUUGUACUUAAUUAUCAAAAUCAAAUAAAUCGCCUUCAGACAUUCAUAUUGUCAAUAUUGAUUAUUGAUUCAUUAAUUACAUUGGUGUCAUUAGGCUUUGGACUUGAGUUAGACUAUAGUCAUAGACUAUAGUCAUAGACUAUAAAUGAGUAAGUUAGGCAGUAAGUCUACUUUCUCUUCAGUUUCCUGUAUCCUCAAUGACAAUAGAGUUGAAGACUUAGACUUAGGAUUUAGUAAAAGUAAAAGAAUGGUGAUCAGUGGUGUGGUGUAACCAGGGCCUUCUUUACAGCAGCAUAGGCCCUGGCCCUGGGCAAAUUAAUGCACUAAGGCCCUAAUAACCCUCUAUAUACUCCGUGCCGUGCGAAGGAGGGAGCAAGAGGGCCGGCAAUCCCUGGCGCCAAUAUCAGGGGGUGACAAACUCAUCUUAAGUUGUAAGAUAUGACGAAGAUAUGUCCUUAAUAGUGAAUUAAAUGAUAAAAUUCCACUUACUUCACAUUGACAGGGGCGGCUAAAUUGUCUUACUUGUGCACUCUGGCCCUGGGCACCGCUUUUACUGGGCUUGACUCUAUAGCCUACUAUUCAAGUAAUGUUAUGAAUAGCAUUAUGGCCUAGGUUGGUCUAUGCGUUUGAUCAGUUUCUUUCAGGUAAUUUUUCAGUGGGGAAGAGGGAGGGGAGGCAGGGCAUCUAUUAGCACCAAAAGUAGGCAUUUUGAUGCCCAGGGUCAGCUCUGACUUCAUCGCCAUACAUAACCAUACAUUCAUUCUGAUAAUGGAGCCUCCGCUUAGGGUAGGCUUUUAGCCUUAGCUUAGUUUCGUCCCUAGAAUAUAGUCCAACUGUGUGUACCAAACUAAAGGAAAAUCAUAAUUUCGUCCAUUCAAAAAAAAUCAUUUUAUUUAAUGGCAUCAAGAACCUUUUUAGAUUAAAAAGUGUUGUUACUGUCACUUUAAUUGGAGAGGAAGAACAAAACUUUGGGUAAGGUUUGGCGAGAGGGCUCAGUGAGCCCCUUCCCACAAAAUUUUUGCUAAAUUCAAAAUUAUGGGAUGCAUUUUGGCGCAUACAUUAAAUUAGUUUUGCAUCAUUCUACACUUAAACGGCUAGCAACAGAAAAAAUGCUACUUGAAAUUUAGAUUCCCUUGACCAUGUAUGUUACACAAGUCCUUUUUAUUUUAAGUUGUAUCUAAAUAGUAUGUUGUUUCAUAAUUUGUCUUUGAAACUAUUUAUUUGUUUAAAAUUAUUCAUCAAUGAAAGAUAAAAAAUUUUUAAAAAAAUUCCAUUAAAUACAGUUGCUCGUUGAAUAAAAAAAGACAAAAAAUCUAUUUGUAGGUUAUAAAAAAGAAGAAAGGAAAUACUCACAAAAGAUGUCAUAUAUUUCGUUCCUAUCUUAAUGAACUUCUUUCUGUUAUAUUUCCUUCCUGUCUUACUGAACUUCUUUCUGUCUAUUCACCCCUUUGAAAGCUUUGUUCCUCCGCAGACACCCAUAUUCUUUCUGUUCCCAGAACACACACUAAAAGAUAUGGUGAACGAUCUUUCUAUUUUUGUGCCCCCGAACAAUGGAAUUCUCUCCCUUUACACAAUAUACCGACAAUCCCAACCUUUGAAAUUGCCCUGAAGACCCAUCUCUUCAAACUCUACUAUACUGACUCAUUCUUACCCCCCCUCUCUAACUGAUAAACAAUGUUUGAUGCUGCUGGGUGCUGUCCAUUGCUAGACAGGGGUAGAUAGUACUUAGGUGGGUGAGCUCAAGCUUUUUACCAGUUAUUGUUUUUGAUUGCAUAAUUUUCUGUAUUUGCUAAUUUCUAUGUGAAUUUCAGUGAGCCUAGCCCUAGGCUGGUGUACUGCGCUAUAUAAAACCACCUUAAUAAUACUAAUAUAUAUAUAUUAUAAUAUAUUUAUUAAUACCGGUAUUAUGUCAUUUAUCUGAGGUAAAAUGAGACAGCAUUAAUUUCCAAACAAAUUCAGUAACUUAAAAAGUUUAUUUGAAAUUUUUAACUGCUAUAACUUUCUUCAUUUAAAUAACUAAGUAAUGAAAGUUUGACAUCUUUUGUAAGACUCUAAUUUACUCCUCCCCAAGCCCCCACCAAGAAACUAAUUAAUGAAUUUUUUUUCAAAUUAUAAAUUAUUUCUAAAGCUAGUGCAAAAAAAUGGAAGUGAUGUGGGAAUAAAAAAACUUUUAAAAAUAAACUGGUCUUGCUGCUUUCAUUUUGAAAGCAAAAUAUAUUGCCAAAAAUAUUUCAAUAUUCUCAAACGAUAUUGGCAGCAUUAUGCCCCUAGAAGUGUGAUGCCCACUAGAUGCAUGAGACCCCCUCAAGCAUGAGGUCACCUAUAGGUGCAAGAUCCUUGGCAGGUGCUUAGUGUGCCAAUACCUUAAGAUAGCACUUCUUUUCUCCACUAAUUUUACUACUGAACAGUGAGGUAGCUAGUGUUAUUAAGGCUUAGUCUAACAUGAUUGUAAACACAAAUUCUUACUUUAUUUUUUUCGAUUCAUAUAUCUGGGAGAAGUAAGACUUCUUGACGAGAGUUAUUCCCCUUUAAGAAGUAUCCAACUUGUGAUUCGCAUUUAUGAUAAUAAUUUUGGAAUGUGCUGAUAAUAUCGUGGGCUAAUAUUGAGAAACGUGCUGCCUACUGAAUUUUAAAUCAAAUUAAAUUUCCAAAAUCAUUCAAUUUGUGUGAUAUGUAAAUCAUGAUGCCUCUGAAAGAGUGAGUCUCAUAGAAGCGUGAGGCCCCCUAGAAGCGCAAGGCCCUUUGCCAGAGCCCAGUGGGCCAGUGCCUUAAGACGGCACUUGGUGAAACACUGACCAAAAUGACUAAUCAUGAUUGCCUCCUCCACCCACCCUAUGCAUACAAAUUAUUUCUCCCUGUCUUGUUUUGAUAUAACAUUAUAACUUUAGGCCUUACAUUAGGCUAAUCUAUUGAUUUAUAACUAUGUACAAAACACUUGUCACUUGUAUUUUACAUUGCCUACAUUUUCUGAAAAUUCUGAUUCCAUCCAUCCCUGUGGUGCUACAGCCCAUGUAUGGCUUUGGCCUGUCUAUUUCCUUCAACUCAAACCUAAAUAAUGCUUUUCUUUUCCAUGCUUGGAUUAUGCGGAUAAUUUUUGGGUAAGAUUCCCUAGCCUUUGUGAAUCACUCCAAUUCCUACAAGGCGGAAGGUUCUAAUUUUGGACCGCCCUGGGUAAUUUAUUUCCCCAGUGGCCUCUAUCUCCAUAUCUUGUGGGCUUUCCCCUAUCUGGCACCUAGGGAGGCGCUUUAUGGAAGAUCAGUAUCUCGGCAAGAGAAACUCUUGCUUCCAUUGCCCCCAAUUGUGCUUUUAUUGUUGCAGACAGUCAUGUCCAAUCCAGAUGAACUACGAACGCCGGACGCACCGCUGUUGGAGGGACAAGUUUUACGGAUGUAUAGCAUGAGAAUGUGUCCUUAUGCACAAGUUAGUAUCAGGGUGUCUCUUAUUAUUCUGUGCGCUCAAUAAAUUCUGUGUGUGUGCUACAAUUUAGUGAAUGUGCAAAUGUUAGUGUUCAAUGACAUGAAACCAAAUCUACGAAUAAAAUUCAUGUGCUCACUCUUAAACUGUUGUGGACAGUAGCUUUAUAGGUCUGGUGUGCUGCACAGCUUAGAGGGAACACAUUGAUGGAAUCUCUUAGAAUAUGUCUUAUUAACUCUCCAGUAAUCAAUUGUUUUGGAAAUAAAUGAGAAAAAGUUUCUUGAAAAUUAACAAUACUAAGUUUUAAAUCUUUAUGGUUGCAACAAGACAAAUUAAGGAAAAACUCAAAUUCAUCAUAAAGUAAUUUGGGGUUUAAAUUGUUUUAGUUUGGUAUUUUGUAAUUCCAGAGAGCUCGACUCAUUCUGGCUGCCAAAGGUGUCAACUAUGACCUAGUCAAUGUGGAUUUAAACUCCAAGCCUGAUUGGUUCUUUGAUUACAAUCCUUACGGCGAGGUCCCUGUGGUUAUACAUAAUGGAGGCUCUGUCUAUGAAUCUUUAAUCACAGCUGGUAAAAUUUUAAAAAAACAACAUUUUCUAAAAUAUUUGAAAAUGAUAUAUAUAAAAUUUCAAUUUGUAAUGUAUUCAUUUUCCUUUAAUUUUCUAUUUAAUAUUUUAAGUCCUGAAAUAAACUCAAAAGGUUAAUUUGAUUUUUAUGGUGGUAAAUGAAUUACAAUAAAAUGAAGAAUGCCAUUUUGAAAAGGAAAUUCUUUAAUCUUAAAAAGAAAUUCUUCAAUCUUAAAACAAUGUUGUUUGGUUCAACUUUUAAGUAGAGGAUGAAGCUGGGUCACUGUUAUUUGAUGCAUUAUUUUUAAUUGUGUUCCCUGGCCUCUAAUGAACUUUUGAAAUUCAUAUUUAAAAGGAUAUAUUUAACACUCUUUUAAAGUUUAAUCUAAAAAAUCCUGCUUUUAGCAGAAAUUUCAAUCGUCUAAAUUUAAUUAAACUUGAACAGUUGCCUUAUUAUUUACAGUUUUAACAUUCUUUCCUCCCCCCCCCCCCCCCCCCCCCUUUGAUUAGAAUAUCUUGAUGAUGCCUUCCCCAACCCACAACUUUACUCAAGUGACCCCCUGGUCAAAGCCCAUGAGAAGAUUUAUUUUAACCACUGGACAAAAAAGGUAUAAGUUGUUUGCUACCUUUCUUCCUGCCAAUCCAUAAUUACGCUUAAAUAUGUUAUCACUAGCUUUUUUUUCCCUUUUUUGUUUGUUAGAUGAAUGUUUGCCUCUAUAGAAAGAACAGUUUAAAAGUUUUAAAAGACAAUUAAGAUUCAACAUUGUGGAUAACUCAGUUUCUGAUUGUGCCCAUAGGGCAUCCCAGCAUUCUAUAGUCUCCUGAAGGCAGGCUAUAAGGAACCAGACUUAACUAAGAGACUGGAGGAGCAUGUCAAAGUCUUGGAUGGUUACCUGAGGAAACUGGGCAAGCCCUACUUCCAUGGGGACUCUGUGGGCUUCUCAGACUACAUGAUCUGGCCUUGGUUCGAGAGAAUGCCCAUGUUGAAAGACAUCACAGGUAAUGCCUUGGCUGAUGGAGUGGUCAGUGGUAGUCUGUAGCAGCAUUAGAAAUGGGACACCACUGUAGUGAGAGAUGCGUACACAUGGGACACUCUAGUGAGCGAUAUGUACACAUGGGACACACUCUAGUGAGAGAUAUGUACAUAUGGGACACACUCUUGUGAGAGAUAUGUACACAAGGGACACCCUCUAGUGAGAGAUAUGUACACAUGGGACACACUGAGAGAUAUGUACACAUGGCACACACUCUAGUGAGAGAUACAUACACAUGGGACACACUCUAGUGAGAGAUAUAUACACUAAGAGAUGUUUCUCAUGUGCACAUAUCUCCCAGAAUUAUAUGACCCUUUUUGGUGGGGUUUUUCUAGCUACGGAUUGAUGGUUCUCAAAUUAAAUAAAUCCAAUUUUAUAAUUGCAAAGCUUAAGUGUUUUAUGCAAAAAUGUUUACCUUGUGUCAACAGAGUUUGACAUUUUGCCGGCAUCCUACCCUCACAUCAGUGGAUGGACGGAGCGAAUGUGGAAGGACCCGGUUGUCCUGAAAUGCAUGAUUGACCCGAAGUUGAUGACAGAGCACUAUGCACACUACAGGACAGGGAAACCAGAUUUCACCAUUGGGGCUGAGAAACCUGGCAAAGUCCUGCAGGAACCUCUAGAGAACCUGGAUGGCUUGAGGGAUCCUGUCACUAGGGACAGGCAGAAGUAGAUCAACGUUCAGUAUUGUCUUUUCAGAGGUUGUUUCCUUAAAUUAACAUUCACUCUUUGAUUCUUCUAGAUGCUAAUGUUUCACUAUUAUUCUUUCAUUCUUACAAAAUAUAAUAUGUUGUGCCUCAUGCUAUUCAUGAAUGCGAUUAAAUAUGAAAUAGGUGCACAACUAUUGUGCUUAAAUUAUGGAUGUAUGCAUGAGAUGAACAAGUUCUGUAAGUAUUUCAUGUCUCCACUUUCAUACAUGGAGAUUCAGUAUGGACAUCAAUAGAUUUCCUGAUUCCUGUUAUUGAACCACUUAAGAGCCAGCCUUUUUGGUAUAGUCUAUGCAUGAGAAGUGAACUUGAAGUAUGCCUACAUUCCUUUCAUCUUGACUUGUCAUGAAACAAGCUUUCAUUCAAUUCUUAUCUUACAAAGUUGUAUUCUUCCCGGUCAUCAAGACUUAAAAAAUUGAAAACAUAUGUUGUGCAGGCUGCUCUAUUGGGAUACAAUGCCAGGCACGCUAGAUAAUUAAGCCAAUCUUGUUCACCCAGAGUAUAAUUUUUUAUAUUAGGAUAAAAAAUGUACAAACUUUUUCUAUCAGGAAAUAAAAUGUAAAAGAAAUGGAUGGAUGAUUUACUCUUGAAGGGAUGUAUUCAAUGUGUGCUCACAAUGAUGAGUAAUAAUGUGUUUAUAAGUGGGGGAAAUAAUCUGAUUGGUAUUUACAAGCCUGGAUUUGAGGUGGAGCGAUAAAGAGCACUUUCCCAAGCUUCAAUCAAGUUGAACAAUCAAACAUAUUGCCAGCCAUCAUUGUGAUCAUCUUAUCAAACAUAUUGCCAGCCAUGUUAUGAGUUGACAAAUUGCUAUUUGUUAUUUUGUACUAAGUAUUUUAAGUUAUAUUUUUUUUAAAUGUGUAAAUAAAUAUAUAUUGAUUUUUAAAUCAGUGUAUUAAUAUUAGUGAUAUUAUAUAUUUUCCCCUCUACAAAUGUUUUUUUUUUUUUAAAAGAGGCUUAGACACCUCAUAGGUCUUGUCAAGAAGCUAUGUACCAAAUAAUAAAUGGGUUAUGAACCAUUAAAAAAAAAAUAAA